CGACGAGAGUUGCUUCGAAGGCUGGGGCGGAUGGUCAGUGCGCCCGGUCGCGGCUCAAAGCUUCGGACAGCGGAUGGCCGAGUCCGGGCACUGCCCGGGCGGAGCGCGAGCCCAUCAGUGCAUUCAGCGGGCGCCCCGAAGCUGGCCCCGCACGAACUGAGUUGCCAAGCAGCGACUUUAAAUUUGUUUGCUGUGACGUCGUCCCCGCAGAGGACAACACAGCCCGAACGCAUUAUAAGACCUGGCAACGAAUAAAUCAAAACUACACGUUCUCAGUAUGUCUCCUCAAACUGCUACCUUGCUGCCAACGCCUACGCACAGACCCAUUGACCAUGUCUGUCAUCAGCCUAAUGUGUCCCGCCGCAACGAGGUCGCCUUCGAGGCCCGGAUCCUGACAGAACGCUCUUGCCUGAAUGAAAGAACGGAGGAUGCCUCGCCAUUUUCAUCGACCGCACACGGCAUGUGUGGGCCGUGGCUAGAACACGCGCCAGGAGGAUAUGAGAGCUGCCCGGAACAGGAGUCUUACUGCCUGUGCGGUCACUGCAGCUAUGACACACCCUCGUUACCUCCGCAGUCGGUAGACUAUCUGAGUGUUCCGCCACGGAGAGACGAAGGCAUAAUCAAAGCCGUGUAUCUGUGGCGAGAAGACGAAGCGGAGUGCAACCCUGUUCUGCGGGAAGCUCCCAGAGGGUCGUCCUCCAGUGAUAGGACUGACCUCUUUGAACAGCCAAUCCGGGUUUUCAGCCUCUCUCACUUCCGGCGAACCGUUGAUGAGGCCGCUCGCGAGCGGCUUGUCUUCUACCAUGUGCUUCCAGCUAUACACCGAUGGUACUACAGGCUCGUGGCUAUGCAUGCAAGUGCGGUAGCUACGUCAUUCCGCGCUCGAUGGGACUCGGACCUCUUCUGCUGGCAGAUAGAGCGACCGUUCAAGUGGACGGAUUCAGCAGAGCCUUUACUAUCCCAGUACUGUUAUGACCCGAACGCUUUGAUACUAGAUUCUGUAGAUCCUCUCCUAACACCCCACAUCGUCAUCCACGAAGCUCCCGAGCAAGAUCUCAGAACGCUAGAGAACAUCUCCAUACCCCCACAAUGGUGUUACUACGGCUACUUCCUCACGCACCCUUUCGGCUGUUCAGGCUCCUGUUGUAAUCACCACGCGUACUCC